AUGGCUGAGGUUUUUUACAGGAAGUGGCGGCCCAAGAGCCUGGGCGAGGUUGUCGGGCAGGAAGCCAUAACCAAGACUCUGAAGCAGGCGGUGGCGCAAGGGCGCACCUCGCACGCAUACCUGUUCUGCGGCACUCGCGGCACAGGCAAGACGAGCACUGCCCGCAUACUGGCGAAGGCUAUCAACUGCCUGUCGCCGAAGGACGGCGAGCCUGACAACGAGUGCCAUAUCUGCGUGGGCAUCAACGAGGCGCGUGCGCUCGACCUGAUAGAGAUCGACGCGGCGAGCAAUCGUGGCAUAGAUGACAUUCGCGACUUGAGCGACAAGGUUCGCUUUUCGCCGAAUGAGUCGCGCUACAAGAUAUACAUCAUCGACGAAGUCCACAUGCUGACCGAACCUGCGUUCAACGCGCUGCUGAAGACGCUUGAAGAGCCGCCGGCGCAUGCGGUGUUCAUUCUGGCGACAACAGAGGCGCAUAAGGUCCCGCUGACCAUCAUCUCGCGCUGCCAGCGAUAUGACUUCCGUCGAAUACCCAUCGACCAGAUGGUGGCGAAGCUGGCUUACAUAAGCGAGCAAGAAGGCAUCGAGGUGUCGGAUGAAGCGCUUCACCUCGUAGCCCGCCUCGCCAACGGCGGGCUACGCGAUGCCGAGAACCUGCUGGAGCAGGUCGUGGUGUCGUACGGCUCGCCAAUAAGCGAGGAUGAUGUGCGCCAGAUGCUGGGGCUCGGCGGCGACGAAAUUGCGCUGGAGCUGGUGAGGCACAUAAUCGGCAAGUCGGUCAAGGAUGGCAUCACGACCGUCAACAAUGCUACCGAGCAGGGGACUGACCUGCGCCAUCUGCUGCGCGGAACUCUUGAAUACCUGCGCGCUCUGCUGCUGAUCAAGACGGGCGCAGGGGCGAACUUCGGCUACUCCGACGAGAUAAUGAGUCGCCUGAACACUCUCGCCGCGGAUGCGCCAAUGGAGCAUCUUGUCAGGGCGCUGAAGGUGUUCGCGGGAGUGAACAUGCGGCGGGACGCGGCGUCAACUCUGCCGUUGGAACUUGCGGUGGUGGAGUCGGCGACUGAGCCGGAACCAGUGGUUGUUGCGGCAGCAACGCCAGCGUACGCACCGCCUCAACAGGUUUCUCCGCCACAGGCUGCGCCUCCGCGGAAUCAGCCGCCCUCUCGACCUCCCGCACCACAGCCGACUUACCGCCAGCCACCGAGACAAGCCUAUCGACAAUCGGAGGAAGGGGCGGCGGCGAGUGGGUCAGCUCCUAGCGAGGCGCCGGGCGCUCGACCCGCGUCGGGCGGCGACCUGCCGGACGAACCUGCGGCAAGGCUUGCCCACCAGUGGAAUAUGAUCGCCAACGAUCUGAGAUUCGUGGGGACACGACUGAAGUUGGGCGCGAUGCUUCGCAGCGCAAAAGAGCGAGAAGUUUCGGGUCAUACUAUAAUACUCAAGUAUCCUUCCCGCUCGAACGUUGAGAGAUUGCAGCAGGAAUUGGAUAAUCCGGAAAGUAAGCGCGCGCUUGACGAUGCGAUUGCGAAGGCAAUGGGGUCCCUGUUUCAGGUCGAAGUAGCGCUUUCUAACGGUGCGAACGGUGCGGGAAUGAGACGCGCAUCCCAAUCCAGCCACCUCGUGCAGGCGGCGCAGGCGAUGGGCGCAAGAGUCAUCAGUGAGAGAGAGGAACAGCAACAAUGA